AUGGACUAAAUGGAAGAAGUAAACCAGUCUGUUGUGUCUGAAUUUAUUAUUCUUGGGCUUUGCAAUUCAUGGGAGCUCCAGGCCUUCCUCCUAGUGAUAUUUUCUUCACUUUAUUUGAUCACCAUUUUAGGCAACAUCUUCGUUGUGCUUCUAAUUAUUGCUGACCUUCACCUCCACUCUCCUAUGUACUUCCUGUUAGCCAAUCUUUCCUUCAUCGACUUCUGCCUUUCCUCAGUCACUACUCCUAAGAUGAUCACAGACUAUCUCAAGGAAAACAAGACCAUCUCCUUUGGAGGCUGCAUGUGUCAGAUUUUCUUUGGACAUUUCUUUGGAGGAGGUGAGAUGGUGCUGCUUGUGUCAAUGGCCUAUGACCGUUAUGUGGCCAUCUGCAAGCCACUCCAUUACUCCAGCAUCAUGAACAGACAAAUGUGCAUGGGGUUGGUGAUGACAUCAUGGAUCAUUGGCUUUGUGCAUUCAAUAAGCCAACUAGCUAUGAUUAUAAAGCUGCCUUUUUGUGGACCCAGGGAAUUGGAUAGCUUUUUCUGUGAUAUUCCAUUGGUGAUCAAGCUAGCCUGCGUGGACACCUAUAUUCUAGAAAUGUUGAUAAAUGCUGAUAGUGGGGUACUGGCAACUAUCUGCUUCACCCUGUUGCUGAUCUCUUACUCUUAUAUUCUGUUUACUGUCUGCCUUCACUCUAACAAUGGGACAUCCAAGGCUCUCUCCACCUGCACUGCCCACAUCACAGUGGUAGUGUUAUUCUUUGGGCCUUGCAUCUUCAUUUAUCUGUGGCCACUCAGCAUCACUUGGGUGGACAAGUUUCUUGCUGUAUUUUAUGCAGUCAUCACACCUCUCCUAAAUCCAGCCAUUUACACUCUAAGAAACAAAGAAAUUAAAAAUGCCAUUAAGAGACUACGAUGUUAG